AUGGGAACCGCGGCCUCCACCUCAAAUUCCACAAACAACAACCAAGUCUACUACCCACGAAACCCCUCCGAUGCACUCUUAGCCUUGAUUAUCCUGUCGCAGAAAGUUCCCACCGAAAUAACCCUUCAGAUCCUCGAACACGCCAAAUACUGGGUCCGGCACCGCGUCUCCCGCACCGAACAAGUUACCUACACCCAGCGCAACUCCGACAGCCAGGAACCCUAUCUCCGCAGCUUACCUAUCGAAGGGGCACGCUUCCCCGUCCGCGAAAUUCGAAUCCAGAUUCAGAGCCACGACCAGGGGUGGAGCAAUUUCCGAGAGGAUCAUGGCACGCUCCGAAACUCGUGGACGUGGUUUGAUUUGAAGGUUGAGCGCGCGUCUGACCGCGGAGAGAGUUGUGUUUCUUCGGAGCGGGAUAGGUAUAGGCGGCUUGUGACAAAUGUGCAUGCUAGUAAGACUGUUAGAGAGAAUGUUGUUAUUUAUCGGGCUGGCGUGGAGAAUGAGCAGGAUGAUGAUUCGGGUGUUGGGGAUGGGUUGAGUGUGCGGGAGCUAGCAGAGUUGGAACUCCAGGCCGGAGAUUGCAUUUCUAUUAUCCCGCGCGCGAGGUUUGCUGGAUGGACCAACUUCGUGUGUUCUGCUUCGAUUGAGAUUUAUCUGAGACCACAAUUUCGAUGA